GCGGCUGCUGCUGAGGGGAAGAAGUGUCAGUCCGGUCAGGCGGCGAGGGAGAGGGCGGCGGCGGGAAGAUGGCGGCAGCGGCGGCGGCGGCGGCAGCGUGGCUGUGGAGCGGUCUGUGGAACGAGCGCUUCUGGUUCCCCGCCAACUUCAGCUGGGCCGACCUGGAGCGCCAGGAGCCCGGCGUCGGGGAGGUGUACCCGCUCCCCCGCCACGUUUGGGCCGCUUUCCCCGGGGCGCUGGUCCUCUUCGCGCUGAGGCAGCUCUUCGAGAGAUUUAUUGCAAGACCAUGUGCUGCACUUCUUAACAUUCAAAACUGUGAACCUCGCACAGCUCAACCCAAUGCAAUUCUAGAAAAGGUGUUUACAUCUAUCACUAAGUGUCCAGAUGCAAGAAGAUUAGAGGGCUUGUCAAAACAACUAGAUUGGGAUGUCCGAAAAAUCCAGCGCUGGUUUCGUCAUCGAAGGAACAAAGAUAAACCAAGCAUUCAUGUGAAAUUCUGUGAGAGCAUGUGGAGGCUUGCAUUUUACAUCUGUAUAUUUACGUAUGGACUCAGAAUUCUUUGGUUGUCACCCUGGUUAUGGGAUACUCGACAAUGCUGGUACAACUACCCUUUUCAGCCCCUAUCAUCCAGCCUUUACUACUACUAUUUUGUGCAACUGGCCUUCUACUGGUCUCUUAUGUUUUCACAGUUUAUAGAUGUGAAGCGAAAGGAUUUCCUGAUCAUGUUUAUUCAUCACUUGUUAUCAGUUACACUCAUUAGCUUCUCCUAUAUGAACAACAUGGUGCGGGUAGGAAGUUUGAUUUUGUUGGUUCAUGAUACAUCAGAUGGCUUCCUAGAAGUAGCAAAAAUAUCCAACUAUGCCAAAUACCAGCGAGUCUGUGAUGCCACCUUUGUACUGUUUUGUGUGGUGUUCAUUGUUACUCGUUUGGGGAUUUAUCCUUUCUGGUUACUGAACACAACUUUGUUCGAAAGCAAGGAAAUACUUGGCCCUUAUCCAUCAUGGUGGCUAUUUAAUGGGCUUCUUCUAAUUAUGCAAGUUCUACAUGUAAUAUGGUCCUAUUUCAUCAUUCGCAUUGCCUACAAGGCCCUGGCACAAGGGAAGGUGUCAAAAGAUGAACGCAGUGAUGUCGAAAGUAGCUCCGAAGAGGAAGAUGUGACUUCAAGCAGCAGGAAAGGAGUCCUUAGCUCUUCAAGCAAUGAUACCAGUCGGAUUAACGGCCACAUAACUAGUGGGCAGUGGGCAGAAGAGGAGUAAGAACCGGCAGGGAGGCCUCAAGAAAACACAGACUUGUGUUCAAAUGACUAGAUAUGUCUUAACUCCAUAUCCCCAAGAAAUCUUUACUUAUGCCGGCACUUUGCCCCCAAAUCCUCCAGCAGUUCUGAAACAGGCACAUCACAGUUUUGUACCGAAGGAAUCUAGUUGAUUGCUAGUGCAAAAGCUAUUUCCAGUUUCACAUUUUAAAGAAAUUAAGCCAUUUUGCAUUUAAUGGUAUCCUAUGUUUGCUGAAGCGUGUGAGUGAGAGAGAGUGAGUGAGAGGUGGGGGAGGCUGUUUUAUUUUAUAGAUCAACUGAAACUUUGAGAGAAAGUAUUCUUGCAACAACUCUGAAGGUUCGGAUCUCAAACAGGUUCUGCCUCUCACUUUUUAAUUGCAUUCCAGGGUUGUUUUUUUAAAAACACUGUGGCCUGGUCUAAGCUGAUAUUCCAUGCUCCUAGCAGCAAGGACUAAAGCUGUGUCCUAGGGAGUCUGGGAUGUGCCACAGCUAGGCAUAGCAACCUGGUGGUGGUAGAGACAGGCCGACUGAGCAAUUUGCUUAUUUGUUGUUGGGAUCCCAUUUGCUAAUAAAGUUUUACGUCUGCUUGUUUGGGUGGGUGGGAAGACAAGGCUGGCGUUCAUUGCUCCCCCCCCCCCAAGUGGAGUAGUGUCUCCAAAGUCUUCAUUUUGACUUCCUAAAAUCACCUGUUUUUCCUAUGAAUGCUAUGGGUUUUGAGUCACAUAGGAAUUACAAGGAAGAGGUGGAUAAAUUUGUGUACUAGGAUAAUAGGCAUGGAUGAUCUGGUUCUGCUGCCGACUUUUCCAUAGACGCUUCUAUUUUCAGAAGAGAAGCAAGCAUGCCACCUGUACCUGCUUCAGAGUCUUUUGGUGAGAUGUCUGUGGGAUAAAGAGGUUGCCACACAAGGGCUUUGAGUCCCUCCCUCCCUUUUACUAAAUGGUACUUCAGGGGAGAUGAAAGGCAGCAAAGUGUUGUCAUGAGCAGGACUUUGAAAAUGCCCUGAGUUAUUAUCAUUUUAUACUAUUGUUUACUCUGAUUAAAAAUAAAUUUGCUUGAA